CGUGGCACAAUGAGAACGCUUACGUUGCCACAGGGGUACUGAAGCAGCGUGUCCAAAGCCCCAAGCCAAGAAGAUCUGUGCUCAGCAGCCGGGCACUAUGAAACUGUGCACCAUGCUGUACCUACAAGCAUCCUAAGAGAACUAUGCAUCCUGGCUUUAGAACAUCUGCCAUAAAGGGUACAGUACUUUCCCGUUGCUAAGUGGUCUUCAUCCAGCCCAAGAUCUUUUUGAAUUAGGUUUACUUGCACAAUUAGAACUUACUGGAACACAAAUGGAUGCAAUACAAGUUCUCUUGUAAACUCUUUCCAGUAGCCUUUCAACAGUUAAAGCAGAUAUUUCAUUCUGCCCUCAGAACCAACACAAUGGCUUUGUUCCCAAUGGCUCUAUUCCUCCUGGUUACUCUGCUGCUUCCAACUUUACCCACUGAAGGCAAGGAUCCAGCUUUUACUGCUUUGUUAACCACCCAAACACAAGUGCAAAAGGAAAUUGUAAGCAAGCACAAUCAGCUAAGGAAGGCAGUCUCUCCCUCUGCCAGCAACAUGCUGAAGAUGGAAUGGAACAGAGAGGCAAUGGUAAAUGCUCAAAAAUGGGCAAAUAAGUGCACCUUAGAACACAGUGACCCAGAAGAUCGAAAAACAAGUACAAAAUGUGGUGAGAAUCUUUAUAUGUCAAGUGACCCUACUGCCUGGUCAGAUGCAAUUCAAAACUGGUUUGAUGAAAGCCGUUAUUUUACCUAUGGUGUUGGACCAAAGACUCCCCAUGUGAUUACUGGACAUUACACUCAGCUUGUCUGGUAUUCAUCUUACCGUGUUGGAUGCGCAAUUGCCUUCUGUCCCAAUCAAGAAAAUUUUAAAUAUUACUAUGUUUGCCAGUAUUGCCCAGCAGGUAAUAAUGUGAAUAAAAAGAGUACUCCUUACCAACAAGGAAUACCUUGUGCCAGCUGCCCUGGUCACUGUGACAAUGGACUUUGUACAAAUAGCUGUGAGUAUGAAGAUCUCCUUAGUAACUGCGGCUCCUUGAAGAACACAGCUGGCUGUGAUCAUGAGUUACUCAAGGAGAAAUGCAAAGCUACUUGCUUAUGUGAAGACAAAAUUUAUUAGAAUGGCUCAUGUGCACUCUUCAGGACUGCAUGAAGAACUGCUGCAUUGUUAGUUUGACACAAGUCAGGGUAAAAUUAUGUCAGUUACAAAUUUGAUUCCAAAUGGUGAUACAUCUGUUUCCUCCUCAAUUUUCACUGAAAUCUCUGUCACACAAUGAUUGUCAAGAGCAUUCUAGUUUGUGAUGACCCACUGGACUUUGGUAGAAAUUUUGUUCUUUAAAUGCAGUGAGUUGAACCAAAUUGAGGAUGUUGGGAGCUAUAUAACCACAAGACCUACACCACAAGAACAAUGAAUCAACAUGUAAACUUAAACGUGUCCAGAAACAACACAAUAACAGAGAAAAGACUGAACAUCUGUGUCUUUCCUACUACAUGAUUUCCACUUGUGUAAAGAAUGAGCACAAAGCUUGGCAUUGACAUUUUUCCCGUGGCAUUUGUUUUAAACAGGAGUAAUAAAGAACUUAUCUGAGCAA